ACAGGGGCGGAUAUGAAAACCUAAACCGGCCCUAACUCAGCUCGUGUAUGUGCCCGCCCCAUUUAUAAAGUCUACACGUGUGUGCAGUGCUUUUACUUACAGAAACUACGUAGCCCUCUUCAAGUAGCAACGAGGUCCUUGGGAAAGACAACAGCGUUGAGGAGUGAACUUUACAGCCUGACUCAAGUUCUUGUAUGGUUCUGCUCGUCAACAGCUCUACAUAUUACUUCAAGAAAUCAUGAUAAACUGCAAGAUAGUUCUCCAUUCUCACUCUGAAGCACUGGAAUAAGCCUCCCAAGACUAUCUGCACUACUAUCCAACUACCAAUGUUCAGAUGGCAUCAGCCGCUGACUUUGCCCCAGAAAAUACAGCAAAUCCAGAGCCUGGAGACCUGAUAGAGAUUUUUAGGCCUGUAUAUCAGCACUGGGCACUCUACCUUGGGGAUGGGUACAUCAUCAAUGUGACCCCAGUGGAUGAAGGGCAGCCAGCAUCUUUUUCCAGCGCCAAGUCCGUCUUCAGCCGAAAGGCGCUGGUCUGCAUGCAGCUUCUCAAGGACGUGGUUGGCAGUGACUCGUAUCGAAUCAACAAUAAGUAUGAUGACAAGUAUGCACCACUUCCUGUGUAUGACAUCAUCUCACAAGCACAGUAUUUGAUUGGGCAGGAAGUGUCAUAUGACCUGCUGGGCAAUAACUGUGAGCACUUUGUCACCUUACUGCGCUAUGGCGAGGGUGUGUCAGAACAGAUGGCAUCAGCCGCUGACUUUGCCCCAGAAAAUACAGCAAAUCCAGAGCCUGGAGACCUGAUAGAGAUUUUUAGGCCUGCAUAUCAGCACUGGGCACUCUACCUUGGGGAUGGGUACAUCAUCAAUGUGACCCCAGUGGAUGAAGGGCAGCCAGCAUCUUUUUCCAGCGCCAAGUCCGUCUUCAGCCGAAAGGCGCUGGUCUGCAUGCAGCUUCUCAAGGACGUGGUUGGCAGUGACUCGUAUCGAAUCAACAAUAAGUAUGAUGACAAGUAUGCACCACUUCCUGUGUAUGACAUCAUCUCACAAGCACAGUAUUUGAUUGGGCAGGAAGUGUCAUAUGACCUGCUGGGCAAUAACUGUGAGCACUUUGUCACCUUACUGCGCUAUGGCGAGGGUGUGUCAGAACAGGCAUCCAGGGCAAUCGGAGCCAUCAGCUUUGUUACAGCUGUUGCCAGUGCCUGCUCUCUGCUGGGACUUUGCCAUAGCCGCACACGCCAACGACACUUCUAACAAAAUCCUAACAUGCUGCAGAUGCUCCAGCUUCACAUAAGCUUUCGAGUAUAUGAAGGAUGGGAGACCAGGGCAAAGUGCCUUCAAGCUGGAUUUGGUGCCUUUUGGCACAGGCCAAGUGAAAAAGCGCCCUCUUAAAGUUCUUUGGUGUUUGAGGGCUGAAGUUCAAUUUUCAUUUUCAGUCCACAUUUGGAUAGAAGUGUUGGUAGUACUGGUUUUGGCUAAGCUGUGUCUUUUCAUUAUACCAUGCAAGGCCUAAUGAUGAAUAUUAAAGUGAAUGUUUUCAAAUGCAUGAAGAUUCUUUGUGCAGAGUGUUGUACUCUAUACACCAUUAGCUGGCACACCAACAGCUGCUGUCUUUGUAGGAAUGGUUAACUGUCUGGUGCCAAUAUGCUGUAUAUGAGAUUAAUUGGAUCAGGUAUCCCAAAGCAGACAUGAACACAAAUGUACCAGAUAAAGUGUAGUUGUCACACUGCCAAAGGAAUAAUUGGAACCAUUCUACUAAGUGUUGGAAAAAUGGGAACCCAACACAUUUGAGCAAUCAAACUUCUGAUAAGAGUACACCAAAACAUGGAAACAACUACAUAUUUACUUUGAACACAUAAAGUUUCUGAACAAUCAUUUAAAUGGACAAGGGGAAGUCAGAUGUUCAUUUUGAGAUAAGAUGGUUGUUUUUAACCAUUUAAUGACCUCUUUUGGGCAUGGCUUAGAAGCUAUGCAUAAACAGCCAUCAUUCUCCUCUGAUACAGAUAGGUGAAGCUUGGAAAUGACUAUCAUACUUAGUCUGUGAAAUCUUACAGACUGUUGAGGCAAAAGCAAUGAGUAACAGAUACACUUACCAGGGUUCAGAUUUAGAAAACUUGUAUACUCACAAAAAAGGCUCAAAAUAUGUGCAUGCAGCUUUUCACACAUAUUUGGGAUUUAUAAAAGAAAACUUGACAGGAGAUCUUGAGUAUAUUUACUGCAACCAUCUGUACGCAGUACUUUGGAGAAAGUGGGAAAUACAACCAUAUCAGGUAAAUAAUGACUCGCACAUAUAAUAAUGCAUAACUGGCUGACAGGUCAACAGUGUCUCAGCCAAGCCUAACUUCGUCAUGCCAACUGUGCUGAAAGCCAUUAAGUGACCGGCGAGGCCCUACAUCCAGUUUUUAUAUGG